AUGGACUCCGACAACACGGACGAUGGACACCAUCAAAAAGUCCUGCCAAUGUGGGUUUCCAGUUCCAACUUUGACCAAGCCGUCGUCCCCUUGAAGCCAGGGGAAGUGGAAUUACACACAGAAGCAUGGAUGAUGCGAGACCUCACUAACAGGGGCUUUUAUGUUGGUAAUUCCUCGACGUCCUCCUCUUUGGUCGUUAUCAGCACUGUCGUAGGGUUCGUUUCGGGGGACUCUUCUUUUACCGGCGACCCAGACCGCUUCAAGAUGCCAGAAGCUCCCUUUAUAGCCCCCUCCUCACCUCAGACCAAACCAUUGCUGCCUGAGAUAAAGCAUGCCAGGAUAUUGACAAAGUCGUUCUUUGAUAACACGCAAGGCCUGCUUUGGGUGUUGGAUCCGAACUGGACAGACAUGGCCUUGAACCGUGUCUACGCCGCGCCAGACUCUGCUGCCGCUUCAGACCGUUGCCUCAUAUAUCUCGUUCUGGCCAUUGGGUUUACCAUGGGCCCAGUUUCCCUCUCGCCAGGCCACGACGCUGUCAUUCAUGAGAUGCGUAUGCUUGAUGACCAAUGGGGAGAAAGGUUGUUUGCCGCCGCAAAAUCGAUAGGCGACCCGAUGACAGCUUUUGAGGAUGAGGGCUGGUCCGAAGAUGGCGGGCUGUGGUCUGUCCAGGCUCUUGCGCUGAUGUCGUAUUUCACGCUGCUGGUAUCACGACGCAAUGCCGCCUAUGCGUACUGUGGUAUGGCCGUUCGAUCUGCGUAUGCCCUCGGAAUACAUAUGGCCCCUCGGACGGAUGUCUUGUUCACUGACCAGCAUGUAAAGCUAUUGAGACGAAAUAUUUGGAGAAGCCUAUUUAUCCUCGACAGAUUUCUCGCAGCAUCUCUGGGACGGCCACUGGCAAUGUCAGAGCAAGACUGUUCUCAUAACUCACUACAAGUACCAGCAGCAUCAUCCAACCAUGGAAGAUCACGCUCUGUACUUGAUGCGUCUGUCGAGGUGAGCGAUAUCAUCAGUCAAGUCUUGAAUAAGAUCUACUCAAGCAGCAGAAUUUGUUCCGAGGCAGCACACGGGAUGAUGAAGGAUCUCGAGGCUUGGUCCAGGCGGAACCCGUCGUUGACAAAGAUGUCUUUCCCAACGGCGAUGGACGCCAGCGCCCUUGCUAGGGCUUGGCUCAAAGCUCACAUCCUAGGUCAUUACGCCAACAUUCUUCUCUGUCGACCCUUUUUUCUGGACCUUUUCAUGAAAACAACAGUAAACGAAGAUGGGCUGAUACGGAAAUGCAUGGCAAGACCAUCGCGAAUCACCUGCGAGCUGAGCGAAAGAUGCGUAUACCAGUCGCUUCAGAUGAUCAAGCUCGUCAAGUGGGCUAUGGAUUCGCACGAGAUGCGUGUUUUUGACUCUUUGACUCUGCACAUAUUAUUUGACGCGGCUCUCAUUGUGCUCAGCAACGAUUAUGCCGGCAUACAUAAUGUUCCCCAUGCUGAAUUCUGGAUAACUCAGGCGAUGGGCGCUCUGAAGAUGUCAGCAGGUCCACACCGUCAUGCCGACAAGUUUGUCGGUAUCUUGGAGUCAUUUCGACAGGCGAAGAAGGGGGAGAGAUCAGAGGAAUGCUGGAAAAAAGAUGUCGGAUUGGCAGGUAAUGGUGAACGAUACCAGCUGUCUACAGGGAGCUUCGUUCAAGUUCGGCCUCCUUCUUGCUCACCAGUCAACGAUGCUUGGAUUUCGCCAUGCGAGAGCCGCCGUGGAUCGCUGGCAACCAUGUAUCCCUGGGGAACGCAAAACAAGGAUGGCGGUCCUUUAGGGAGCUGGCCUACGGUCUCAUUGACGGACAACAACACGCCUCAAUCCCAGGGUCUGACUGAUGGUACAGGGAGCUCGCAUGGUGAAGAGGGCGAGGUUGGUUUCGAUUGGCGGUUGUCAAAGAAAUGA